AUGCGUGCCUUUGAUCUCCAUUUCCUGAACAUCGCCGCCUGCAUCCUCCUCCUAGCAUCCCUCUUCACCUCCGCCCUCGGCUCGCCGGUCGCCACGCGAUCGAGGCGGCCGAAGCCGAAGCCGCGAAAAUGCCACGACAAGCACCGCAACUUUAGGACCGUGUCCAGCAUCUACAACCUCACCGUCUACCCCAACCAGCUCCCCAUACUCGGCCAGGGCGGGGCGGGCGUCCCUCCCGGCCUCUUCAAUCAAGACGUGGUCGGGAGGGUCGAUCCGGUGGGCGAUUUCGAAGGCUUCGAGCAUUCCAUCGAGUACUUUUUCGCUUUGGCCCCGGUGCCGAGCGGGAAUGCUGCCAAGGCCGCCAUCACGAGUUAUAAGAUUACCGAAUUUAGCUCGGGGUGUCGGGAUGUGGCGGCUUCGGUCGUGUACUUGUACUGCAGCGUCGUGGAUCCCGGAGGACCGGAUCAUGGAAAGGAACUUGCCCCAUUGAAGCAGGUGGCAUUUUGGAAAUUUGACGACGAAGGCGCCGUCCUCAAGUACGACGCCUGGAUCCCCAACCUCGACGACUGGGUCGAGGCUAUCACAGGCUCCCCAACCAACUCGCAAUACCAAGCGCAGACUAUCCAGCAAAUCUGCGGAGCCACCCAAUUCACCUGUACCGGCAAUAAUACGCAAUGGUCCAGCGUCGAAGAGUGCAUUGUCGCCUUGUCCCAAAAACCAUUCGGCACAUACGACAAGGCGUGGGGCGAUAACAUUGUCUGCCGAACUAUCCAUCUCGUACUCACCCAAGUGAGGCCCGACGUGCAUUGUCCGCAUGUCGGGCCUACUGGCGGUGGCAAGUGCGUAAACGUUGAAUAUCCCAACGACUUCUUCACCGACGAGUCCUUAUACGGCGACCCCGUCGGAGAGACAUUCUUUUGUCCUUAG